AUGGCCUCAGGAUACUCUUACAGGCACCCGUACGGCACCGACCUGGGCAGAAAGCCUCCCCCAUCUAAUGCUCAUAGCGGCAACCGAUACUCUCAUCACAGUUCACAGGCUACCAAUGGGCAAUAUGGCCAAAUCUACGCUCCUCUACCACCCAGUGAUAUGCCGCCCUCAGGCUAUCAGUAUAAUACAUACCCGCCUGCUGCACCCAGCCACCACUACCAAAACCGUGACCGACAGACCCCCGACGCUGGGUUGCAGCACGCGCCAGAUCCGAACAACUCGACCCGGUCAGAGGCACAAAACACAGACACGUCGUCGCCCGGGCCAUCGCAGCGGCGAACCAUGGAAGUUUCUGUGAAAUUCGCUCGUAACCAGCACGUUCAAAUCCGCCUCAAUGCCGCCUCGGGGUGGAUCCCAGCGGUUGUUGUCGCGGUGCUGGAGCUCAUUGGCAAGAAGGUCGGCUUCCAAUAUCAAGUCAACUACACGGUCGGCGGCGCGGAAGCAACAGAAUACAUCCCUGGUAACUCGCGCAACAUCCGCGCAGCACCUCACAUGCACUGA